AUGGCCGCAUCAGCACUCAUCUCAAAUCAAUCUCGCAAAGAAUUGCCAGCUGUGGAAGCCCCAAAUACGACUGUAUACCCUUCUACUCCCCGUAUCGCUGGGGUUGAACGUCUCGGAUUCGCCGUCGACCUACCAAACAAGUUUCUCUCCCUCACUCCUAGUACAGGCGCCUCAUACCUAGAGCGUCGCCAGCCCUCCCCGGGUGUCGAAGCAUCCAACAUGCUCCUUGGAAUUCGGAAGGCUGGUGGUCCGGCGAGUAUCACGAACCCCAAGGCUACAGGUCAUGACGUUCUCGGGGCGAGUCGAAGUAGCAGUAUGAGCAGUGAGGCAAGUGCCGACACUUCUCGCAGCCAGAGCAAGUGGUUCUUACGGCUGGACCCGGUUCACGACGGGGAGCACCUAGACAAGAACGGUGAUUGGAGUGAGGAGGUCAUCAUUUGUUAA